AUGUCAACGACGAUACUGCUUCAACCUUGGAUGGCUAUGACCAUUGGUGUGUUUGCCAUACUGACGGUGUUUCGUCUGUAUGUCCUAUGGACUACACGCACUCUAUCCAAUCGUCGUGGCUCCACUGGUGGCAAUCUGCGCAAGGAGGGCAUUGCAGAGCCACUGCAACUGCUCAAACAGAUGAUCAACACCAAGCCCAAGCGAUUCGUUGACAUCUUUCCAGAGGAGCUGCGCGAGAUUGCCAGACGUCGAGUGUCUGUGCUCAAGGAGAAGGAUCCAUUUGGAAUAUCGACCAUCUUUCCAAUGCGAAGAUCAAACUCAAUGGGCAACUUUAGGUCGAUGACUCCACAACCCACGUCAACCUCACAGAACGUUCACAAGCCAAAGAUAACAUACUCCUCACCGCUGGGACCAUCUGUCAGUAUGGAGAACAUAUCACCGAUUGCACUGUCUGCAUCAUUCCCCAGCACCGAUCAACUUAAAACGAUACACGAGGUACAGACUCCUCCACUCAUCUCUGUCUCGCAGGCUAAUUUCGAACCAGAAGUCAACUUUAUCGAUGAGGAAAAGGCAACGACAUCAACUGUCAACAAUAGCAAUAACAACAACAACAACUCAACGUCAACCAUAAAGACUGUCAACUAUAAGCCAAGUAACAAUAACAAUAGUAGUACGCCAACUAUCGAAACAGAUGAUGAGGAUACCAACAGUGUCACAUCAUCAACUGCAAUGGGACUGUCUUCAAGUCAGAGAAGUACUCAUAGUCAUACAAACAACAACAACAAUAACAAUAACAACAACAACAACAAUAAUAAUAAUAAUACACAACAACGUAGUAACUUUGGAACUGGUGCACCUUACAAGAGAGUACUUCCGUCCACUAACUAUGGUCUCAUUGGAUUGGCAUUGUCAGGAGGAGGUAUUCGAUCGGCAACAUUCAAUCUUGGUCUACUGCAAGCACUGGCCAAACAUGGACUGUUCCGAAGAGUGGACUAUCUUUCGACGGUCAGUGGUGGAGGAUUCAUUGGCAGCUGUCUGACAUCUUUGCUCAGUGAGGGCACACAUACGACCGACUGGAAGAACUUCCCCUUCCACUACAGCCGAGGCAUGAAAGAAGGAAUCCCCCUAAAGCAUCUGAGAAACAGUGCCAACUACCUGGCCAAUGGUCUGUUUGAGUUCCUGUUGUUCCCCGUCCUGAUUCUCCGUGGAAUUGUUUUGAACCUCAUGUCGAUCUUCCCAUUCGUCUGGCUGCUUCUGAUCUUAGAGCGCAACCUGCCCAUCCAAUUCGACAUUAGCUACUAUCUCACACAGAAGAUCGCCAUGAACCUCCUGAUCCAUAUCACCAUCUUCCCACUGAUAUCCCGACCCAAAGUGACCAUCCCUGCGACCAUACUAUUCCUGUCACUGUACAGCACUGACCUGUCACGAUUCUUCUCGACGAUCAACAACUUUGAGAUUGCCGGCUCACUCUGUCUCCACCUCUACCUCAAUCAUCCUUGGCUGCUGCGCAAAGAGGACAGCAAGAUAUGGUACGACCGAUCGUUUGGCUGGCUGUUCAUCGUUCUGAUCUCUGUGGCCUUUGUCGAGUCUCUACCAUUGAUCGAGACACUGUACGUCAACUCAUUUGGUGGCGAGAAGUCAUUCCGAAUCUAUCCACUCAUCUCGUUGUUUGGAUUAAUUCUUGCCGAUUCUCUGGCGUUCACACUGCUGACCAAUCCCAAGUUGUCACCGAUCAAGCGUCUGCUGUUCCACAUCUUUGUCAGCGUCAUUGGCCCACUGCUUCUGAUCCUCACCUACCUGGAGCUGAGUGUGUGGCUCGAGCCAGCGUCGCCCACCUUUGGAAUUGGCAAUGGUAUUUGCCUCUUUGUUUCCCUGCUCUCAUUCUUCACGAUGGACAUCAACGAAACAUCGAUGCACAAGUACUAUCGUGAUCGUCUGAGCAAAGCCUACAUGUUCUCCAUCAAGAAUGGUCGUUUCCGUCCCUAUGGUGGUGAGAAGAUCAGUAGACUCAAUCGUCGCUCGAUCGCACCCUACCUCCUCAUCAACACUACGCUCAACUAUACGAUCAACAGCGAGCCAAAUGGAAUGCCAGCAGACUCUCGAGGAUCAGACUUUUUCAUCUUUAGCCAGCACUAUGUGGGUGCCGAGUCCUGUGGCUACCGCUCCACCGAGCAAAUGGAGAGAUUGGAUCGACGACUUGAUCUUGCCACUGCCGUAUCAAUCAGUGGUGCUGCCGUUGGCACCAAGAUGGGUACAGCAACAAUCCCCACACUGGUGCUCUCACUUGGCAUUCUCAAUAUCCGUCUUGGCUAUUGGUUGCCCAAUCCAUUGGGCAUCUUCCUCAGCCAUCCCUACCUUGGACGUCUGUUCUACGGUGGCUUUGCAUGCUAUCACUUGGUCAAGGAGUUUGGAUGGACCGCCAUGACCAGCAAGGAUUGGUGCAUUAACCUGAGCGAUGGUGGACAUCUUGAGAAUCUCGGUGCCUACGAGUUGAUCAAGAGAAGGUGCAAGUUUGUCAUUAUCUCGGAUUCAGAGGCUGAUCCCGAUAUGACUUUCCCAAGCAUGGCACAAUUGAUGAGACUGGUUAGGAUUGAUUUUGGUAUCAAUAUACAGAUCAACUUGGAUGACAUUAGAAGAGGUGGAAGUGGAUACAGUCAGAAGCAUUGGACUGUAGGAAAGAUCAUUUAUCAGAAGAAGGCUAGCUACUCCAACCCACAGGACAGUGAUACAGAGAACCCUCCCAGUGGAGAAGUGGGAUACUUGUUGUACAUCAAGUCAUCAUUGACAGGUGAUGAGGACGAGGUGAUCAAAGAGUACCACUCACAGCACCCAUCAUUCCCACACGAGUCUACAACUGAUCAGUUCUUCACAGAGUCCCAGUUCGAGGCCUACAGGAGUCUUGGCUAUCACAUUGGUGGUCAAUCACUGUUUGGAUCAACACAUGAUCAAUCAUUUGACGGAGAGGACGUAGAGUCUUUCUUUGAGCGCAUCUACCAAUCAUGCACAGGUGAUCUGCCCACGGGAUGGCAGGAGAAGCGUGAUGACAGUGGCAGUCAGUACUUUGUGCAGCAGGACAUGAAGAAGAAGACAUGGUAUGAUCCACGCCUCCGAUCAAGUGGGAGAAGAUCUCUUUCCACCACAGGUGGUGGUGGCAGUGGUGGUCUCCCGCCCACACCCUAUCCUCCUCCAUCAUCACAGCCAUCAUCGAUGUCUACAACACCUUUGCCAUUCACAGAACCACAGUGA